AUUUUGGUUAAAGGGGAAUCCCGCCAUCCAGUAACAUCUAAAAGAUACCAAGCAUGUUUGGUGGUGGCCAACAGCCACCGACACAAGGAGGUGGUGGGUUUACAUUUGGUAAUACUGCUACACCUUCCACACAAGCAUCAACCGCUGGGGGAUUUAAGUUUGGGACACCAUCUGCGGCAUCAACACCUGCUGCGACAGGCUUCAAUUUUGGUCAACAAACCAGCGCUGCCAACACUGCAUCAACAGGAUUCUCAUUUGGGACAGCUGGUACUCAGGGCACAACUGCUAGCUCUGCUGGCACUACUGCAGCUCCAACUGGCCUCGGAGCAGGUUUCAACUUCAACACUGCAACAGCGAACACAUCAGCCACAGGAAUUCGCCAGCCAACAGCCACUGCUUCACCAUUUAACUUCGCCAACACGAUAAGCUCCACCACUGCGCCAGCUACCACAGGUACACCUGGACUUCUUAGUACUCCAGUAAAUCAAUCAACUGGACUUACCCUUGGUAGCAGCACUGCUGCUCCUAGCUUGGCACUUGGUGGCAGCUCUGCUGCUCCCAGUCUGACACUUGGUGGAAGCACUGCUGCACCUGGCCUAACACUUGGUGGAAACACUGCUGCGCCUGGCCUGACACUUGGUGGCAGCACUGCUGCACCUGGUCUGACACUUGGUGGCAGCACUGCUGCGCCUGGCCUGACACUUAGUGGCAGCACUGCUGCACCUAGUCUGACACUUGGUAGCAGCACUCCAGCUUCUACAGGCCUGAAACUUGGAGGCAGUAAUGCUGCACCAGGCUUGACACUUGGCAGUGCUGGUACACCUGGCUUGACACUUGGCAGUGUUGGUACACCUGGUUUGACACUUGGCAGUGUUGGUACACCUGGUUUGACACUUGGCAGUGUUGGUACACCUGGCUUGACUCUUGGCAGCACUCCUGCUUCUACCGGUCUCACUCUUGGUGGCAGCACUGCUGUAUCCACAGGUCUGACAUUAGGAGGGAGCACACAAGCUUCUACAGGCCUGACACUAGGGGUUAGUACUGCAGCAAGCACAGGACUGAAAUUGCCAUCAACAUCAGCUGCUACAACUUCGGCUGCUACGGGAUUGACUCUCCAGGGAUCUUCAGCACCAAAGACUACAGUACAAGGAUUCACAGCACCAACAGGAGCGACAGCUACAACAGCUACACAGAAACAGAUUACAUAUCAGCAACUGGAGGACAACAUCAACAAAUGGAUGUCAGAGCUGGAUAAACAGGAGAAGGACUUCCUGGAGCAAGCCACACAGGUCAACGGUUGGGACCGGUUACUUAUAGACAAUGGCGAGAAGAUUUCUGCCUUGAACAGUGAUAUGGAGCGAGUGAAGAUCGACCAACAGAAACUUGACCAUGAGCUGGACUUUAUCAAGUCCCAACAGCAAGAACUAUCUGACCUUUUGACCCCACUGGAGAAGUCUGUUGAACAGCAGCCCAACAUCAACUUUCAACAGCAUGCUGACUUGGAACGGGAGCAUACGUAUCAGUUGGCAGAGAAUGUGGAUGCCCAGUUGAAGCGAAUGGUGCAGGACUUGAAAGAGAUUAUAGACCACCUCAACAUGACCAACUCUAACCAGGAUAACUCUGACCCGACACAACAAAUAACAAAAAUUUUAAACUCGCACAUGGAUUCCUUACAAUGGAUUGAUCAAAAUACAGCUCUUCUGGGUAGAAAAGUGGACGAUAUUUCUAAACAAAUGGAGAUGCAAAGAAAAGAACAAGAACGCAACUUUAGAUUGGUUUAUAAUUGAAUAUCAACAAGAAUGUAACUUUAAAUUGGUUUAUCAUUGAAUAUCAACUGUUUCACUGGAGAAUUUACAGAUAAUAUCAUUAGUCAUGGAGAAAGGAAAAUAAAAUCAAAUGUCAAGGCUUAUGGUCAUUUUCUGACCAUACACUGAAGAGGAAGCUAUCAAUACCAUUUCUCUAGGACUGAGAUUGAGUUUAAUAUUAGACAUCUACUAUGGAGUUUAUUACUCAACAUUCAGUCUGAUAUUAAGUGAACGGUGAGGAAUUAAGAGGGAAAAGUGAAGACACUUUCCAUUGUUUACUUCUGAAUCCUUUAAAUUUAUCAGAUGCUACUGUGUGAAACUGAAAUGAAAGAUCGUUAAAAAAUGACCAGACUGAAAUAGUUGUCAGUAGAAAAUCGUCACAUAAGAUUGAUAUGUUUAUAUAUACAAGGUUACAAGACUUUUACUUUGACUGUGAAGCUUUAUUACAUUAAUAAAUCUUUCUGUGUAAAUAGAAUGUUUACUGUACCA